CGCAUGCGCAUUUUGACGCUUGAUGCUAACUAGCUGAAUCAAGUUGAGCUUUUACUUCUUUCGUCUCCACUAGUUUGUCUUGCAGCAAAAUGGCAGCAAGAUAUGAUAGAGCCAUUACUGUAUUUUCUCCCGACGGUCAUCUCUUUCAAGUAGAGUAUGCCCAGGAAGCUGUAAAGAAAGGUUCCACUGCGGUUGGAAUCCGAGGGAAAGACAUUGUUGUUCUUGGUGUGGAGAAGAAAUCGGUUGCGAAGUUGCAGGAAGAAAGGACUGUUCGCAAGAUCUGUGCACUGGACGAGCAUGUCUGCAUGGCUUUUGCAGGUCUGACAGCAGAUGCCCGCAUUGUGAUAAAUAGAGCUCGGGUUGAGUGCCAGAGCCACAGGCUAACAGUUGAAGAUCCUGUCACAGUGGAAUAUAUCACAAGAUACAUUGCAACACUGAAGCAGCGAUACACUCAAAGCAAUGGACGUCGGCCAUUUGGAAUCUCUGCAUUAAUUGUUGGCUUUGACUAUGAUGGAACCCCUAGACUGUAUCAGACAGACCCAUCAGGGACAUACCAUGCCUGGAAGGCAAAUGCAAUCGGCCGCAGUGCGAAAACAGUGAGGGAGUUCUUGGAGAAGAAUUAUACGGAUGAAGCCAUCGCUGGGGACAAUGAGGCCAUCAAGUUGGCCAUCAAAGCUUUGCUUGAGGUUGUGCAGUCGGGAGGAAAGAAUAUUGAACUUGCUGUAAUAAGACGAAACCAGCCGCUCAAGAUUUUGGAAUCCAAGGAAAUAGAGACCCUGGUGGCCGAGAUAGAGAAAGAAAAAGAAGAGGAAGCGGAGAAGAAAAAGCAGAAAAAGUCCACUUAAAGCUGUUGACCUAAUCUUUGCUUUAUUGCACUUGGAUUAAAGUUGUAUCUUUUGGUUUCAGGAUGUUAGUUUCAAAUCAUUUCCUCAUUUUUUUUCUUAUACUGAGCUUAAUCAUAACUUGAAAUUCUCUGAUACUGCUAGAAGAUUUUCCAACAUUGAUGGUUGAUUCUAUAGUAGAAAAGCGGACAAAAUCCUGUAUUUUAAGGCUGUCAAAAUGAAAAGUUUGGAUGCACCUAUUAAUUCAAAGUUGCUAGGUUUGUCCACUGCUUACUUCUAAUUUGUAUGUUCAGAUGUGCAGUUCUCAAGUUAGGAUUUAGAUCUUUGCCUGCCUUGGAGAAUUUUCUCUCAACAUGCAAGUUGUUCAAAUGUCCAAUUCUACAUGGCAUAAAACCAUAAUAUAAAUAAAAGUGGAUUUCUUAAUG